GUUGAAUUAUAUUUUGUCUAGCGUGCGGACGUGCUGUGGAUUCACACUCGGCCUGCUCCCACAACAAAUACUUGUUUAAAACUGUGCGAAAAGAAAAGCGCGAGCUAAAGAAGUUAAAAGCUACUUGGUCAAGGAAACAGGUUGAUGCAAUAUGCCGCCCAACGCCCAUGCCGGUGCCCAGUCCAUCACGGACUCGCUGAUCGCCGCAGCUAAUGCAGCCGCCGAUUCCGAUCAGAACCUCACAAAACUGCAGCAGGACUCCACGGGUGUGCUCUUCGAGUGCGAUGUGGAGACCACCGAUGGCGGACUCGUCAAGGACAUUCUCCCGAUGAAGAAGGCGGACAAGCGUAAAAUGAAGCUCGUCUGGCGCAACAUCAUUGCCUUUGGAUACUUGCAUUUGGCUGCACUCUACGGCGCCUAUCUGAUGAUCACCUCGGCAAAGUGGGAGACAAUCGGCUUAGCUUACAUCUUAUAUGCUGUGUCCGGAUUGGGAAUUACUGCUGGCGCCCAUCGUCUCUGGGCCCAUCGUUCAUACAAGGCAAAGUGGCCGCUGCGUUUAAUUCUGGCCACCUUCAACACCAUCGCCUUCCAGGAUGCCGCCUAUCACUGGGCGCGUGAUCAUCGUGUGCAUCACAAGUACUCGGAGACGGAUGCCGAUCCCCACAAUGCCACCCGUGGCUUCUUUUUCUCGCACAUUGGAUGGUUGCUGUGCAAGAAGCAUCCCGAGGUGAAAGCCAAGGGUAAGGGUGUUGAUCUAUCUGAUCUGCGCAAGGAUUCCAUAUUGAUGUUCCAGAAGAAAUACUACAUGAUCCUGAUGCCUUUGCUUUGCUUUAUUCUGCCCACGAUGAUUCCCAUGUACUUCUGGAACGAGACGUUUGUGAAUGCGUGGUUUGUGGCCACCAUGUUCCGUUGGUGUUUCAUCCUGAACGUGACCUGGCUGGUAAACAGUGCUGCCCACAAGUUCGGUGGUCGUCCCUAUGACAAAGAGAUCAGCCCUUCUCAGAACAUUUCCGUUGCUGUUCUUGCCUUCGGUGAGGGCUGGCAUAACUAUCAUCAUGUGUUCCCCUGGGAUUACAAGACGGCCGAGUUUGGCAAAUACUCUCUAAACUUCACCACCGCCUUCAUUGACUUCUUCGCCAAGAUUGGCUGGGCCUACGACCUGAAGACCGUGUCCCCGGAGAUCAUCAAGAAGCGUGUGAAGCGCACUGGUGACGGCACUCACGCCACUUGGGGUUGGGGCGACACCGAUCAGCCAAAGGAGGAGAUCGAUGAUGCGCUGAUCAUUCACAAGAAGAGCGAAUAGGCGAGCCAAAAAACUAGCGAGCGAGCAAUAGGAUGCUGAUCAGGGAGGGUUUAGCCGAAAAUCAAUCAAAACCAACACAAUUUUCCAUUUUGCAAAUGUCCGAGAAACAUUUCCUUAGCAGCAUAUAAAAACAAAAAGAAGCAAAAAACCAUUUAAUUAAUUCUAAGAUAAAACGUUGAUGAUAAAUGUUUGUUGUUUAUCGAAAACUCUAUACCGUCUGUGUUAAUCCAGCUCUGGAAAUGUUUUUUUCGCUCUGGAAUUGCUUUUGAAGACAGACAGAAACUAUCUUUAAAUUUACAAUUGCUUACAUUUGAUUAAAAAAAACCUGUAUAUUGAGAGUUGUAAUUCCAUCGUACAAUUGAGUCAAAUUUGAGCUUUUCAUUCGAUAUUAUUUUGGAGUUCAUAAUGGAAAAGGAAAGUGGAGGAGAUAUUUUCAGUUAAAAACUAAAAUUAAUUAAUACACAUACACAUUAAAAGUAAACUUUCUGUUUCAAAACGAGAAA